AUGAAGCUUAUCUUGUACUUCUGGCCAGUCCAACUCGAGCUUUCUGCCUGCGCUCGAAGCCCUAUGUUGACUUGGUCAAAGAGCCGACCACAAUCGAAGGGUCUAGCUUCUGCUAUAAUUUUUUUUGGUGAACGGGACAUAUCAAUCGUUGCUCUUCGUUCGUUUGAAAAGCCACAAAGCUUCUAUUUAGGAUCAGCCGUGGAUCUACAAAUCGAUUGUCGAAAGAAUGCUUGGAUACGUGGCACGAAAAGCGCACGCGAAUAUAUUGUCUCGUUGACUUGUACUAUCAACAGUUACCAAAAGAAUCAGCCCGACCCCGAGGGCGACGAGAGAAAGCUCGCUCCCAAAAAUAAGAACCCGAAUAAGAACAUAACGGGAAAUCUAGUUCGGUCCAAGAAAAAAGCUCAUCACUCAAGUGCCACUCGUCAAAUUUCGAAAAUACAGCAUUGUUCAGGUUCAACUGGCAAAUCACACUCGAUCACCAAUCGGAAGCUUCUGGGAGCUGCUAAUCGAAGUCAACCAGUUGCGACACCGAAACUCCGCGAUGGAACUGAUCAGCCUAGGCCGGCACCAGAGAGGUACGUUCCACCUCUCGUGCCGGCAAGGAAGCUAGAUGGUAAAGUUGAGCUGGACAAGACAAGAACCAACUUGAGUAUUAUGCACACAUGGACGAAAGGGAAAUGGUUCGAAGGAUACCUUUCGGCAUUAUCAUACUUUCAUUAA